UAUAAUGUUUGUAUACAAAAAAUAACAUGGAAAUAAUUGUUCCUCUUAUUUUUGUUUUGCUAAACUUAAUUUAUAUUGGAAAAGUGCAUAAAUUAUCGAAUUAAAGUUAUUUGAUUGCAAUGGCUGUUAAUGAAAUAUGCCGACUGUGUUUGGAACAUGGAAACGAAUGUUUGGAUAUAUUCCUUGACCCAGAAGGACCUUUCAAAAUUUCCGAUAUUCUCGGUUAUUAUUCCAUAAUUGAGAUAACUCAAGACGAUGAAAUAUCCAAUAAAAUAUGUUCCAAAUGCUGGAGUCAGGUUAAUGAUUUUCAUGAAUUUUUCGUUCGAAUACAAAAAAUUCAAGAAAGUAUAAAUUCCAUAAUUUAUGUGGAUACAAAGAGCAGUGAUGUUUAUGAGGUAGUUUUGUCAAAUGCAUGUGAUGAUAAUAAUGCAGGAGAUGAUGAAAAUAUACAAACUAAAGAGGAUGAAGAUAUUCUGCUAUGCAAUGCCCAAGAUUUGUCAAAAAAUGCGAUCAACAAUACUUCCCAGGAAAAACCUGUAAUCAAUAAUGAUGCCAAAGGUGUUCCCGUAGAAAACAAGGAAACAUCACAAAGUUGGGACAAAACCUCUUCGAUCAAAAGAAAGAUAAGAAAAAAUCGAAGAAAAUCCACAGACAAAGAAGAUACCCACGAAAAGUUGAUAAAUUCUUUCUUUGAGCUCUCCUGUGAACUAUGCAAAGAGAAUUUUGACUGUUGUACAAAAUUGUUUGAUCAUUAUGAAAGCCAACACAAGAUUCGGGGUUAUUUAACAUGUUGCGAAAUAAAAUACUUUAAGAUAAUCAAAAUAGCAGAACAUGUUUUAAGGCAUAAAAACCCAGAUAUGUUUAAGUGUUCAAAAUGUUCUCUAGAUACAGUUUUUCCAGAUAAAAAGCAACUAGAAGCCCACAUGUUAACUCACUUGGAGCCUCAUUCGAGUAUAUUUCAAUGUGAAAAUUGUGAAAAGACUUUCUUAAAGAAAUACCGUUAUGAACAACAUAGACUUACCCACCUUAGUCCUGAUGAAAAGAAGUACGUGUGUCAGGAUUGUGGAAAACCCUAUGCGACUGAAUCCCUUCUGCGUGUUCAUGUACGAGUAGUUCAUUUGAAAUCUUACGCACAUGUCUGUGAGAUUUGCUCGAAAGUCUUCAAAAGUCGAGUUUUCUUUGAAAAGCACCAACUCGAGCAUAUGGGACAGUCGCUGCCUAAAAUUCAGUGUCAAAUAUGUAAAACCUGGAUGAAAAAUGAGCACACGAUGCGAGCUCAUCGUAGACUGCAUGAAGACGAAGGAACCGUCCACGAAUGUGAUGUGUGUGGAAAAACUGGACCAUCGAGGAAUUCUAUUUUAAAACAUAAGCGUUAUGUUCAUUUGAGUGAGAGAACAUUUAAAUGUACAACUUGUCCGAAAGCCUUCAAAAGAGCUGUUUCACUUAAAGAACACAUGACCUUACAUACAGGCGAAAUUCUUUACAAGUGUACAUUUUGUACAAAAACGUUCAAUUCUGGUGCAAAUAUGUUUGCUCACAAGAAAAAGAUGCAUUUUAAUGAAUGGAAAUUGGAAAAGGAUAAAAUAAAUAGUUAGAAAAUAAUAUGAA